AUUUGUUGUAAUUAAAACUGCAGCGUUUUGUUUUGCCGUGUACCAAAAAAAGUGCAGUGCUUUGGAUCCUCAGCCGCGAGUUGCCGCCGGAAAACCAACAACGACCCAUUUCCGACACUGCAGAACGUUCGACGCCGCUGCACUAGAAAUUCGAUCCCGUAUCUUGUAGAACUCCGAUCAGCGGAGAGCAACAACCCCAUUCCCAACGAGCUUGUUGCCUCAGCGUGAACCAGCGAGAAAGACUCAGGUUGAUAAAUGAAGCAUAUUGUAAAGAUUUUGACGUUGAUAAUGACCAUCACUGCUUUAUGGAUUGGCCUUCUACAAACCUCUAUGAUUCCUCAAAGUCAUACAUGGUUGCUCCCGAUCUAUUUUGUAGUGUCUUUAGGAUGUUAUGGUCUAUUAAUGGUUGGAGUUGGUCUGAUGAAUUUCCGGACCUGUCCUCAAGAAGCCCUCUUGUUGCAGAAGGACAUUGUUGAGGCCAAGGAAUACUUGAAGCAAAGAGGAGUCGAUGUUAGUACCAUUUGAUGCGGUCUCAAGUCUUCCAUGAAGUUUCUAAUUAGCUGCUGAUGAUUAAUUUCUUGAUUAAGCAUUAGAAGGAAUUUUGGUGUUUUACAUGUACUCUUGGAAUUCAACUAAUGGUACAUGUACUCUUUCUAUUUGGUUUCUCUGUUGAUGGUUUUGUUAAGUUUUGAUUGCAAACUUUUAUCCUUUGGGAGCACAUGAAACUAAGAUUAAACCACGAUAGCUCACUUAGGCUUGAUAGCCAUGUUUGGUUUCAACAUCGCAUAGGAGUGUAUGAAGUCGAGACUUUAUUGUAGAUAUCCUAUCACGUUGGAAUAUAUGUUUGGAUGAUAGUAAAAGUGGAUCGAAAAGGGAAGAUUUGUGAGUAACAAUAA